AAAAUAUGUUACGAUACUCAAUUCUACCAAUUGAAAUUGUCGUUGCAAAUUUGAAAGACCGAAUAAACAUCUUUAUUUUGAAUCCAAUUUAAUUUUAGUUUGAGUUGAUUAUAAAGAGUUAAACGACCAAGUAAUGGAUCCGAGAGUGUUAGAGCAAAUCAAAGAUGAACGAGUGUUACAGACGAUUAAAGAUGAGAACCUUACAGAGGGAGGGGCUGCAGGUGCCCCAGGGGGAGACCUUCAAGGGGGACAGAAAGAAAAAAAGCGAUGGUGUCUGGAAGACUUUGAGAUUGGAAAGCCGCUGGGCAAAGGCAAAUUUGGGAAUGUAUAUUUGGCGAGAGAGAAGAGCAGCAAAUAUGUAGUAGCAUUAAAGGUCUUAUUUAAAUCACAACUUCAAAAGUCAGGUGUGGAACAUCAACUUAGAAGAGAAAUAGAAAUACAGUCACAUUUGAGGCACGACAACAUCCUUCGGCUGUUUGGUUAUUUCCACGACAAAACACGUGUGUACCUUAUACUGGAGUAUGCCCCAAAGGGAGAGCUCUAUAAGGAACUGCAGAGAGUCAAGAGAUUUGAGGAAAAAAUAGCUGCCAAGUACAUCUACCAGUUGGCCAAUGCCCUCAAGUACUGCCACAGCAAGAAGGUGAUCCAUCGAGACAUCAAGCCUGAGAACCUGCUUCUAGGAAUGACCGCUAACCUCAAGAUUGCAGACUUUGGCUGGUCCGUACAUGCUCCAUCCUCCAGACGUACCACGCUGUGUGGCACUCUGGACUACCUUCCCCCAGAGAUGAUCGAGGGGGCGUAUCACGAUGAGACCGUUGACCUCUGGAGCCUAGGGGUGCUUUGUUACGAACUGCUCGUCGGUAAACCCCCGUUUGAGACCGAGAGUAACAAUGAGACAUACAGACGCAUCACCAAGGUCGAUAUACGCUACCCCCCAUACAUGUCACAGGGGGCUAGGGACUUGAUCGGCAGUUUGUUGAAGCAUGACCCGAAGACAAGAAUGCCCCUGGACCAGGUGAUGACUCACCCAUGGAUCACUGCCAACUACUGCCCCAAACAGGAACCGCGCUAACACCUGCCAGUGUCAUGGAAACAGAGGGUUGCUAUGGGAUCAGUUGCUUCAGAAAAGAGUCUUUCAUCGAGGAUAUGGGCUUGAAAAAGUUCAUAUACUUCUAGAGUGUAUAUGUUUUUUCUAAAUAACCUAUUUGACCUUGUUUGACAAUUCCAGUUUUAUUUGUCAUUCAGGAUGAAAUUCAUAUGGUUUCAACAAAAAACAUUUAAAUAGACAUAACAUGAAUGUCUAAAUUUAUGAACAAAGAUGUUUUAAUGUCAUUACAUUGGUAUUUUAAGGGUAAUAGUCAAUUACAAUAAAAGACACUAUUAUUUGAGAUGUAAUGCUUUCGGAUAAUUUUGUGACAUGAAACAUGUUUACUCAUAUCUGCUAUAUCAUAUUCUAUAUGCCUUCCAUAUUUGUGUUAUACAGCCUUUAAGUAUUGCAUACUAAUAAAAGUCUUGGUAAUAUUGCCCCUGGCAAGUUUGUAAAUUGAAAUUGAUGAUCUGCCAUUACAAUUUACAAUUUGUUUCACUAUUAUUUUUACUGGGUAUUUGGAUUAUCAGAUAACAUGUUAAUUCCCAUUUUUUAAGGGUGAGGAUUCUGGAUAUUAUGAGAACAUAAAGUUUGAGCAUUAUAUAUUCAAUCAACUUUGCUUUAUGUAACAUCUGAAUAUUGACAGUGAACAUGAUUGAUAAGGAAUUAUUUGUUAAUACUGUAAUGCAGACAGUAUAAAGUAAUAAACAGUCGCUCUGAAGUUAAUUUUUCUUUUGACUUCUUGUGAUCAUUCUGUGAUAUCAAAUUAGAUAUAACAAUGUGCCUUAAUUUGUGCAGAACAAGGACUGUGUUUACAUUUGUGCUUAGAGGUAAAGACUUAACUUACUAUGUGUACAUCCUUAGAUUCUUACAUGUGCAAUUUCUACAUAUACCGGUAGUUAUAAUCUAUCCAUGGAAGUCCAACUGCUCUGGUUCAAUGGAAUGUUUGAUGUAUAUGUGAUUCUGCUCCUCAUUCUCUCCUGCUGCUCAUACUAACUACUGUAUUAUAAUAUUCUUUUAUACACUACAUGAAUCUUAAGUUUUAUAACAAAAUGUCAUGAAAUUAAGGUGCUAAUUAACUUUUUAAAGUGUAUGAACAAAGUUUGCAUAACGGAACAUUUAUACAUGUACUUGUUUUUCUCUCUAUUUUUACUAUUUUUCCUUGUCCAGUAAUUGCAGUUGUAUAUCUUGUACUGGCUAGUAAUUAGAUUUUUGUUUUUGAAAGAUCAAUACCAGAAUUGUUUAUAAAAUGCAACAAAUAUUUUGAAUUUCUUUAUAAACCUUCAAUCUCUGCUGGCAUGUAUUUAUGUGCUUCAAUUUAAACAGUAUAGUUCAAGUGCUGUUCAGAAUGUGUGAUCCAUGCGUGUAAAAACUAAUAACUAAUGAAUUACUGAUGCGUUGUCUGAUUUACCCAUACUUGAUAUUGUUGAUAGUGCUGAUUUCUCUAUGUGCACAUUUUCAAUUUUAUAUGUGCAGUCAUAAUAACAGGCAUACAUGCGCAUUUGCUGGUAGUCAUGAAGACGGACAUGCAUGAUAUUUUGCUGUUAAUGUGUUUACUUUGUUAAUUUAACACAAAAUUUUUCAAUUUAAUAUUCUUGUAAUUAAUGUGCUGGUAUCGUAUUUACCAUCUUAUCUUUAAUCCUUUAAAAGCCAAAAGGUUCUAUCAUUACCGGUACUUGUGCAUGGAAGGAUGAUAAGCGCUUUUGAAUGUUACAAUCAACUUACUAAGCAUUCUUUUUCAGUAGGAAGAAGAAUGGCUUACGGUAUGGUCUAUUCUGUACUGUCCAUCUUUAGUUUUUCUCCAUGUGUUUGUGGUACUGGGUGCUGUUCGUUCGAUGAUUUAUGCUUGCUAUUGUAUUCCUGAUGUAAUAUCUGUAGUGCCAGUAUGCACUGAUUGUACAGCUGUUUAAAUUAUAUGUUUCAUUUAAUGCGAAAUUGUUAUACACUCAUUGAAUAAAAUUCCCAAACCUU